CAUUAUUGACAUCGUCUCGUUUUUGCGGCAACAUUUACUUUCCUCGUGUGCGAUUUUUUUUUUGUGUGACAAACGCUAGAAUAAAUUGUCGAUGAUAAAAUUUUAAUUGUGACGAAAUCGAAUCGAAACUCUGAAGUAGUAUAUUUGAUAUUUUAGUCACUUGUGUGAAUUGUGCUGCAUAAUUUAUGUCGAAUCAUGGAAAAUUCAGCCUCAAACCGUCGUAAUGCCAAAAAGAAACCGUCUGCACCGAUUGAAUUGCCCCAGAGUGUGUUGGAUAAGUAUCGUUGCAUGGAAAAUUUGCUGCGGCAUACUUUGUCACGGAAGUGGUUACGCUACGAGUUUGAAUACGAUGAAGUCGAGUUGGCCUAUUUCACCAAGAGUAAAACUUUCGAGAGCAUUUUGUCACGCAAAUAUCCGCAUCAAAAGCAUCGUAACUUGACCAGAAUUGAAUGGCGCGCAAUUCGUAAAUAUGGUGUUGAGCAAAAAAUUCGCCGUUUUUCGUCAAAAUUCGUGCAACAACAACGCAUUGACCUGGAAAAAUAUCGUCGUUUCUACAAUGUGUUGCGCGAGAACAAGCGAGACGAUCAAUUGGCCAAAUUGAACGAAAAAACUAUGUCAGAAUGUGAUGACGCAAUUUUUUUAUGCGACGAACAACAAAAUCAAUUCGAAUUUUAUCGUCUUAUCGCUGAGGCAAAGAAAUUGAUUGAAUUGAAAAGCGUAACCGUAACUGAAUUACGCGAAAUGAACAAUGCGAAGACCGAAAAUCGAAUGAUGAGUGACGAUGAAACAAAUGCAAAUGCCACAAAAGCCGUCACAAAAUUACGCGAUUACAACGAUGAAAUCUUAGGCAUUUUGAAAAAAUUACUACAUUUUCAAAUCGUAAAAGACGCCUUAUUGUUCAAUGUAUUGAGUAAGAAGAAAUUGGUUUUGGCAUUGUCACCAGUUUAUUUUCAACGUAAAUGUGAGGUACGAAUCUAUGAAGACUGGUGCAAAUUUCGGUUGGACACAUUCAUCGAUUCGGACAUUGUACGCUUUUUGAUGAAAAGUCUGCUGGAAUUAGUUCUGGGCAUCGUUGAACAUGAACAAUUGGCUCCCAUUGAUUACCUAAAUACUGUAGUGAUAAAACAUGCAAACAUUCUAAAACCGAUAAUGACAGCCGAUGACUUUGAUUAUUUCAAUGCGACCAUCAUACCGACGUACUUGACCAUCGCAAAGAAAUUGUCCACUUGAUUCGAUGGUACCACUUGCAAUCACUGAACUUAUUUUAACAGAAUUUUAUGUCAUUUCCUAUUUAUUUAAUUUAAGAUUUAAAUACCAGUUACUUUGCUGUGUCAAUGGAAACAAAUUCCAUUGAAUAUAAACAAACUUUUUGAUAGGGUUUCAUUGAAAAUUUACAAUUUCAAGAAAUUCAAUUGAAAUUUACAUCAAAAUGAAUGUAAUAUCAAUUCGGAAAUACCGAACAGAAACACUUUAAUUUCCUAAGUAUUUUGUUUACUUUAAAAUCAAACAUGUUGUUUGUUUUCGUUUUAACUCUUUCGACGUUUUGGUUUGAUUUUCAUAGAAGAUUGAUGUUUGCACUGACGAAUUGGAGUGUCCAGUCUCAAUUCGAAUUUGUACCUUUGCAACGAUCACACAAAUGAUUCACCAAAAUGUGAUAUUAAGUUUCAUUUCAAAUAAAUACAAGACAUUUUAAACAUUUUA